AUGGAGCAAGUCAUUUCGCGGUCCAGCAGGAGGGUGCAGGAAAGGAGAGAGGGGCAGUGUGUGCGGGGGGAGGACGUGGUGGCAGUGGAAGUGGUGAAACAAAUGGAAGGGGAGUCAAACGUGCCGGAGGUGGUGAGGCGGAUGCUGGAGAGAAACGCCAACGCCAUUUGUUUCCAGCUUGAAGAGAACAUUGGCAGAGCACGAAUAAUGAGAUUGGAGGAGCUUGUGAAAGCGGGUAAUAGUGAGGAGGAGAGAAUGGAAGGCGUGGAGCAGAUGAACAGCGCUCUGGGGGAGGAGCUGCAAGAGGCACUUGGUAAACUUGAGAUGCAAAGGGGUCGAGGCGAGGUGCUGCAGAAGGAGAAGGAGGAGCUUCGGGCAAAACUCGAUCGUAUGGAGGAGGAGUGUGGAGUGGCGGAGGCCAAGGUUGCUAUGUUGCUGCAGCAGGUGGCAGCAUCUCAGCAAGCAGAGUUUGCUCUCAAGAUGCAAGUUGUGGAGCAGGAGAGGCAGAGGGAUGACCUGGCACGUGAGUUGGGCGCGUGCCAGGCAGAGCAAGCAAGAAAUGCUGUCGAGAGAGACGAGUUUGCCAGCGAAACAGCACAGCUGCUGCGCAAAGAGCGGGAGGUGAGGCAACAGCUGGUGGAGGCUUUGUUGGAGGAGAAGGAGAGGGCUGUGCGGCAGGCAGUGGAGCUAGCGGCUGCUAACGAGAGAUGUGCAGCUGUGGGAGAGAGAGCUGCGGUGGAAGAAAGGCAACUGAGGGCAGACCUAGAAGAAGCACAAAAGCAGGUAGAAAGAUUAGUGGAGGAGAAGGAGAGGGCUCAGGAAGUUGUGUUAGAGGCAAGAGCCUCAGAGCAGGAGAGGGAGAGGGCUCUGGAAGAGCAGGGGCGGGGUAUGGAGGAUGCUUUUGAGGGACGAAGAGACAGCAAGUAG